UCAGCUCCCCGUAGCUGAGAACAAACGGAGUUACGUGGCCGUUUGUUUCGCCUGCAGCUGAGCUCGGUACGUGGUGCUUCCGAAGGCCACGAGCGUUCCAGAGGAUUCUAGAGUUUGAAGGCAAUCUGUUGGGCCAAUGGGCUCUUUGAGCCCAUUAAUGUUUUCAAAAUGGGCUUCGUUCAUGUCAGGCCGGAACGUUUUUACUAACAGGGUUAGGUUACCUGGUUGAAGGAAGGAGAAGUCGGCUCGCAGGGCUUCCCGUGCGAUCGGAACUGUUAAUGGCUCAGGUAGAAGAAGCUCUAAGAAUCCGCCAUUUCCAUCGCAUUCCAUCGUCCGAAGAAUUCUCUGCUGAGAUUGAGCCAUCCAACGUACCCGCUGUAUUCUAUGGCGCUAUCAAAGAAUGGGAAGCGAUCAGUAGGUGGAACCCUUCCGAUGGGGGCCUCAAUUAUUUGCAGGAAAGAGCGGGAUCUGUUGUUGUGGAGGCUAUGCUGUCAAAAUCAGCACCGGUUUUUUAUGGAGACCUUAGAAGCCAUGAGAGGGUUCCUGUUCCAUUCUCGACAUUCCUCAACUCUUGCAAAUCUUACCAGACAGAAGAUGGUAAUUCCAAUCAUCAAGAACAGAUCAACAAGAAGCUGGCUUACUCUAGAGAAGAACAGACAUCUAUAUCGGAUAUCACUGAUUUAGUUUAUUUAGCGCAAGUCCCCAUUUUGAGUGCUAAAAUUAGAGAGGCUUGUCCAUUGGAAAUUUUGAGAGGUGAUUUCGAAAUGCCUAAUUUUCUGGGAAACAAUGCAGUGGAAUCUAUCAAUUUAUGGAUGAAUAGGGCUUCUUCUAGAUCUAGUACACACUAUGAUCCGCACCAUAAUCUGCUUUGUGUAGUUGCUGGUUUUAAACGUGCUGUUUUAUGGCCUCCUUCUUCAACUCCUUUACUAUACCCAAUGCCUAUCUAUGGAGAAGCAUCAAACCAUAGUGCCGUUGACCUAAUAAGGCCCGACUUUUCAGUGCAUGGCAGAGCUGUUAAGUCGAAGGAAUAUUCACAAGAGAUCAUUCUUCAUCACGGUGAUGCUCUUUUUAUCCCCGAGGGUUGGUUCCAUCAGGUGGAUAGUCAUGAUCUGACAAUUGCAGUAAACUUUUGGUGGAAAUCUAGCACGAUGUCUAACAUGGUGGAACACAUGGAUGCAUACUAUCUUCGUCAAAUAUUGAACAGAUUGGUGGACAAAGAGAUGAAUUUAAUGUUGAGAAGGUUAGAAGGUUGCUUAAAAAGUGGAGACCAUGCUCCAAAAAAUGAUUUCUCAGAAGGUGACUCUAAUUUUGAGCCAAAUGAUCCGAGAAUGUGUUCUGAACAGAACAGCCAGAAGUUUUCAUCGGCAUCAGAUCGGCUGGAACCCCACGAACUUAAUGUGCUCUACAAAAUAGUUUCAUUGGUUCAUGAAAAUCUCAGCACUUCGAGUCAUGAUGAAGCUUCAGGUUUUGCCCCGAAGGUGUCAGGUAUUGACGGGGAGGGAGGUAAAAAAAGAACUGAAGUUGGUUACUCAUCACUAGUUCUGAACAACCCUGUUGCAAGCAUCCUUUGGGCUCUUGAACCAUUGGUACUCCAAAAAAUUUUGUUAUCUAUGGCGAAUCGCUUCCCAAGAACAUUAGAGGCUCUUAUCAUCCACAUGCUUUCCCCAACAGCAGCAGAAGUUCUUACUAGAAAGUUCGAUGAAAUGGAUAGAGAAGCCACCAAGGAACAACAAAGUGAGUUUUACCAGCAAUUUUAUAGUGUUUUUGAUGAUCAGUACGCUGCAAUGGAUUCAAUUCUUAAUGGAAAAGAGUCGUUUUCUUUCCAGGCUUUUUGUAACGUGCUUGAUGAGUACUUGGGGGUAUCUGUUGAUAAGGACCGAACGUAUCAUCAGAGGGGACAAUUUCGAUAACGACAUGUUACGGUUGUGGACUACAUUUUUAACGUCUUUGUUUAUGCAUGUCGUAUGGGACACGGGGAGCGAAAUUUUCAUUUCACUUAGUUGAAUGCAUUAUUAGAGAUAGUGAUGAUUGCUCAUCAUCUUUUUAUAUUGAAAGAUUUACAUACAUACCACUCAAUUACUUUGUAUUUAUAUCUCCAACGCCUAAACUUCAAUUUUUAAACA